AUGGGGAAUUCAAGAUCGCAACCUUGCCGACGCAACAAACCACUUUAUUUACUAUACCUCAUUCAUCGAACUUGGUCUAUAGUUGCUGAUCAUCGAAAAACUCAAAGCCAUUGCGAUGAUAUCGAUCGAGAAAUAGAACUAUCGUCAAGAUGCAGCGGUUGCAACGAUUGUGCUUACCGACAGGACAGUCUCGCAUUCGAUAGCAAAGGAAAUUUCUACUGUUAUUUAAAAGCUCGGAAUAUAUGUUCGGAACACCAUCCUCUUCAAAAUUCACCUUCAGAUUGGUACAUUGUCCUCUACCACAAUGCUUUUAUUCAAUUUUGUUUAUAUGCUUUCCGAACGUUGCUCAUGUGUGGAAUGGAACCUGGCUUAAGACCACCAACGUACAACGCCGAAGAUUAUGCGAUCGCAUUGAGACGAUGGGGAAGACGACCUUUGAGCACUAUUCAGGAUUCACAAGAUACCUUGCCUUCUACCACCAGCUCAAGUUCCGGCUAUAUUUCCGGAAGUGCAGGCGAAAUGACGCUAAGACAAUUUACAUCCGUUAGCGAACUGUUAAACAAACUUAGAGCCGAUCUUAGGCUUGCUUUUCCAAGUUUUGUUCAAGAAUUUGCCUCACCACCAGCAGAUGGUAUAACUUUGUUAUUGGAGACUCUUCGUGGAGUACAACUGGCUCAAAGUUCACCGCCAACAUCCGGACAGGUCGGGCCAAGGGUCGGUACCAGAAGGGCUGCUUUGGAUGAGUUGGGAUGCGUCGAGUGUUUGGCCGCCUGCGGUGAAAGAUGCGCUGAUGCACCACGGCUACUGGUGCAAGCUCAACCUGGGCUUCUUGCUCUGGCGGUCUGUCUGACCAGCAGUCUGAACCGGUCUCGAGUUCUGGCUCUUCAGUUGCUGACGAAGGUAUGUCAGACUGCAAGUGGACACGCCGCAGUUUCUGAAGCUGUUUCCACGUUGAGGUUAAAAUACGGCGAAGGUGGAAGGUUUAGAUUUUUGGCUGGCGCACUUCUAGCUCCCAGAGCUGCGAUUGCUCUGAGAGUGGCAGGAGUAUCCUUCUUGAAUGCCUUUUUAAAAUCAGCACCUCGUACACAAACAAGAUUAUACAUUCAGGCGGAGGCCUGCGAAGCUGGACUAGAGCCGCAGGUACUCCAAGAAUGGUUGAGAGAAUCCGACGGUCGAGAGGAAGAUACAUUGACUGAUCUUUUACGAAAGGAAGUCCAAAAAUGGGCACAAAAUUGUGUCGAUGUGGAUGCCCUACAACGAAGGGUUCUACGUGCCGAAGAGACUUGUAGAAUUUUAAGCAAGAAGGUUUCUGCUUUACAAAAUCAACUUGAGAAAUUACAAGUAGAAAAGCUUAACAAUUACAAUGCUGAGAAUCGUGAUAAUAUGUCUAGCGGAACGAUUCUAGGAAUUAAUAAAACGCAAAAGGUAUCAUCGAAUGCGGAAGACGAAGGUAUCAGUUCAUCGGAAAGAUCGAGCAGUCCAGAAGACAUAAAGCAUCAAUCUCAGAACGAUCACCAAAAAAUCACGGCAAUUCAAGACAACGAUCAGGAAACAACGAUUGAUGACGUUAUCGAGGAACUUAGGAUUAUCGUGAAGGAUGCCGAGGAAGAGUUCAGCGACAAAAAUCAAGAAAGAUCUACAGAAUUAGAUUCAAAUGAUCCUGCUUUUGUAAAAAAUUCUCUCUUCAGACCAAAUUCAAAACAUUCUUAUGACAAUUCGGAAGUCUGUUUGUACGAGCAAGUAUCAAAACGAGAACAACAAAUUGAUCGAAAGAUAUUCAAUUCUAAUACUGCUUCGAAUAAUGUCUUACAAAAUCGUCAGGAGAAAGGUGAACAAGUGACUUAUUUUGGUAACGAUCGUGAUUACAGCGAUAAUUCGAGUGUCACUAGAAGACUAAGCUCGGAUGGAUCACGAAGGAUCUCAAAAUCUUCAUUGGAGGGUAGCGUCAAGAUAGUCGUCAAGGGACCGGAUGUCGAAGAUGCUAUAGUUCCGACCAUUCUUCAUCCGCAACCACCGCGAAGAACACCACCAUGUUUAUCGGCACUAAUGGCGGUGAGACACUGUAAUUUUGCCGAUCACAAUGAACCUUACAACUCUCAAGACGAAGAACUCGAGGAGGAAACCUUAGGCGAUGGCAGUGAUUCUUUGUUAAGUGCUUCUAGAUUGAAGUACAAUGAAAAAAAUCAAUCCUAUGAGGAGCACAUCAGAGAGACCGCUGUGGUUGAACAUUUUCAAAAGAGAUCUACGACUGGUAUGUUGUCUAACAACAUUGCCGAUAAGAGUGCCAAAUUCAGAAAAAGUUUCGAUGAUCUUCAUCAUUUUGGAAAUAAUAAAAGUAAUGUAGAAGGAAAAACCAUAAGAAAUUAUGAGCCUUCUAUUUCAUCUAAAGCACGAUUACAAGCUGAAAGUGGAUCGAUUAAACAGGUAGAUGCGUAUAAGCAAUAUGAAACGUCUUCUAAAGUAUUGGAUUUCUCAAAGCAUCAAACAGAUCGUCAAUCUUCCGUUCAUCGACAUGGUUCUAAAUAUAAGAGUGAGGUAGAAAAGAGGAAGCUUUUACGCCGAUCAACCAGUCAUGAUUAUCUAGAUUCAAAUACGUCGACGCCUCGUUCGAGAAGAUCGACAGGAAGUCGAGUGGAAUGUCGUAUUAGAAAAUUUGAAAGCUUAAACUCGUUCGAUGAACAUCGUAGCCUUCAAAAUUACGGAGGACCUAGCAGUACGGAUAAUUUACACAAGGAACAUCGUUCAAUCACAGAAGAUUUCUCCAAGUCCAAAAUGCGAAGAUCUGAAUCCUUUCAUCAUGUAUCCCAUAUCGCUAGAAAAGAUCAAUGCUCUUCGAGAGGCGGAAGCGACAGUGGUUUGAUUUAUAUUACGGAUUAUAAUCUAGAUCCACUCGUAACUCGAAGACCACGUUCUAUAGAAGCACCCAAGUCACCCAACUUGCUUACAAAAUCGUUGGAUAGAAUCGACGAAGGCUUAGAUUCAAUGGUUAAUAUCGUUAUAACGGAAGAGAAGAACGAGUGGAACGCAAAUAGACAUCAACCGAAGUCAAAUAAUAUUCGCAAUGAUAAACAAUCGAUAAAAGUUAAAUCCAAUAAAUUGGAUAAUUCGAAAAAUAAUUAUGCAGAUCGUGAAAAGCAAAAAGCUAGAAGAGAGGAAUCAAUGGUAAGAAACAAGCAUUUAUUAAAUGAUGAAUUUUAUAAUUGUCAUAUAAGCAAUAAACAAUUAAGGAAUGAUGAAUUGUAUGAAGAACAGAAAACUCGCCAAUGGAAUUAUCAAAAGGAAUUAGAAUUAGCAAGGAGGGAUAAUGAAAUGAAUUCUGAAACUACACCCAUGGGAUUAUCAAAAACUGAAUCCAAACAUAAUUCAUUUGGGCAAAACAAAUCAAUCGUCAAUAGGUUUUCAAAUAAAUCAAAUAAUACUGGUAUUUUCGCUGGGCGAACCUAUGAUACUUUUGGACUUGGCAAAAACCGAUUCAACGCAGGAAAGUAUUCGGGUGAUCAACGGAUUAAAGAUAAUCCAUUGGCAAGACGAAAUACUACUUCAUCCGUAAUUGGUAAACGUGGUAAGGUUACUGAUGUUGUUUCAGGUCUAUAUUGAAAUCAUUAGAUCGAUGUUUUCAUAAAAUUUAUAAAAUUUAAGUAGCGAUUGCAUCGAAUCGCUGAGAAAAUAUUGUUUAAUUGACCAAAAGAGACUAAUAUAUUUUUUCUAUAUACUACUUAUUAUUAAAAUUUGUAAUGAACUUAACAAAUCCUUGUGCAAUAUUUACAAAUGUUCGCAGUAUCGCUUAGAAAUUAAUUUAUAUUUAUAAGCAUUACAAAAUUAUGUGCAUUCACAUAAGAUGAUUACGGUGGUGAUGGAGGGAUCUCUUAAAUGCAUUGUGCAAUAUUUUGUUCUCAUUGCAAUCGUGUCUGCGUGCAGUACUGAUAUAAUUACAACAAAGGCUGUAUCUUAUGCAUAUUUAAGCAAAAAUGUAAAUAACAGCUUGCGAGAAAAUAUAACAUUUAAAUAUCUCAUUUCUAUAAUUAAACAAAUUUCGAGGAUCAUAUAGGAGGAUUCCGAGAAAUUAUUAAGUAGAAUGACCAAUAAUUUCGAUAACAUGCUAUUGUAACUUUGCUUUUAAUUUAUUAAAUUUGCAUUAUUUAAUGUAAAGAGGUUAAAUCUCAUAAUUAUCUGAUAUUAAUGAAAGAAUAACAUUAUAACUAUACGUCAUACCGUAAAUAAGAAACAAAUAUUUAGAUGAUUGAAUAACUGUAAUAUCAAACAUUCUCACGAUCUGUAUAUUCUAUAAUACUUUCUAUACAUGUAAGUUGACUUAUUUAAUAUACAUUUAUUUGAACGUCAUAGUGUUUUAUUAAGUUUCGUAUAAAUCACAAGUAAGAAGGAAAGGGGUUGAAAUUACUUUAUUAAUAACAUAUAUUUCGAUGCGUUACAAUUGAUCAGUCAAAUAAUAGGUAAGUAAAAGAGAGAUAUUAAGUAAAUCA